AUGGCUGGGAUUAAAGCUCUCAUCACGUUGUCCUUCGGAGGGGCAAUUGGUCUCAUGUUCCUCAUGCUGGGAUGUGCCCUCCCUGUGUAUGACAAGUACUGGCCGCUGUUCCUCCUGUUCUUCUACAUCCUCGCGCCCAUCCCGUACUGCAUCUCGCGGCGGGUGGUGGACGAAAGCGACAGCUCCAGCAAUGCCUGCAGAGAGCUCGCCAUCUUCCUCACCACUGGCAUUGUCAUCUCGGCCUUCGGCCUGCCCAUAGUCUUUGCGCGAGCCCAAGUCAUUGCUUGGGGUUCGUGUGCACUCGUCUCCACGGGUAACAUCGUCAUCUUCGGGACCAUUCUGGGCUUUUUCAUCGUCUUUGGCUCCAACGAUGACUUCAGCUGGCAGCAGUGGUAA